CGCUGACGUCAGCGUGCAGCGUGACCUCGGCAGUCUCCAUCCUCCGUCACCUUCCUAGCAGAAGAUCCCGUCAAGCUGCGACACGAACCCGGGUCUGAUCCACGCACGGUCCCGCUCAUCGUCUGGAGGCUAUGGAGGCUCCGUCCUGCUCAAGCGGCAGAUAUAGUUAUGAGGAGUACAAAGAGACAGCAGACUGGCUGAGGGACCACACAGAGCAGCGUCCGAAGGUGGCCAUCAUCUGUGGCUCCGGCCUGGGGGGUCUGGCUGACCUGCUGCAAAACAAGACUGUCUUAAGUUAUGAGAAGAUCCCUCAUUUCCCCGUCAGCACCGUGCCAGGUCAUGCCGGGAAGCUGGUGUUCGGGAGCCUGCAGGGCCACGAGUGCGUCUGUAUGCAGGGGCGCUUCCACUUCUACGAGGGCUACGCCAUGCAAACUGUGACGUUCCCGGUCCGAGUCUUCAAACUGCUGGGUGUGGAAACCAUGAUUGUGACGAAUGCGUGCGGGGGACUCAACACCAACUACAGCGUGGGAGACAUCAUGCUCAUCAAGGAUCACAUCAACAUGCCGGGCUUUGCAGGACAGAACCCGCUCUGUGGCCGCAACGAUGAGAGGUUUGGAGAUCGUUUCCCUUGCAUGUCGGAUGCAUAUGACCGAGACUUGAUGGCUCUGGCCAAGCAAACAGCAGCGGAGCAGGGCUGCGACAGUUUCCUGCAGGAGGGAGUUUACUGCAUGGUGGCUGGACCGUCAUAUGAGACCAUUGCAGAGUGCAGAGCUCUGCGGAUGAUGGGGGCUGACACUGUUGGUAUGAGUACAGUCCCCGAGGUGGUGGUGGCUCGUCAUUGCGGCCUGCGUGUCCUGGGUCUGUCCCUCGUCACCAACAUGACGGUGACAGAUUAUGACAGCCAUGAGAAGGCAAACCACAAGGAGGUGCUGGAGACCACCCGGCAUCGAGCCAAGGACCUGGAGAGGCUCGUCAGCCACCUCAUCACCAAGAUCUAGGACUGUUGGCACUAAACAAACAGUGAUCGGUGAUAGGGGUGAAUAUAGCUUUGAAUAUAAGAUUUAAAUGUGUGAAGAUGGGGAGAUGUACACGUUGGGAUGAAUAGGUUGAUAUGUAUCAUGGGUUAAUCCUGGGAUGAAGGAGCCAGUUAGCCGCUGCUUUAAAUGUCUAAAUAAAACGUAAGGCUAGCUUUUAUCUGUUUGGUCCAGUCGGUGAAAAAUGUGUAAAUCAUCAGUAAUUCAGACCAUUUGAAAUCUUAAAUAGUAAGUAAAGCCGACAAAGGGUGUUUCAGUCACAGACCACACCCAGCCUUGAUUUUGCCUGUGGUUGUAAUGGUUUGAAGCGCUCUCGGCUGCAACUUUAACCAAACCUGACAAUUACACAUGUCUGCUGCACCUUCAAUGAUAAACGGUGCAUUGUGUGACUCAUGAGGUGUUGAAACCAUAUAUAUAGCCGAGGAAGAGCAUAGGGCUAAGAGGUGUGGGUCAGGGGAUGGACGGCCCCACGUAUCCUUAUUCUACUGGGAGCCAGUUGAGCUUGAUGAGGAGUCAGCUGGUCAAGCAGAAAUGCAUUGGCUUCACUUUUUGGGGGCGAGUACAGAAUGUUUUUAGUUCAUGAAUAAGAUCAUCGGGACUAACUGGCUCUUACGCUCUAUUGUUCUGCAAACACCAGUUGCUGCAUGACAAAUAUCUAUUUCAGCUAAAAAAAUCUAAUUAGUUUUAUUUAAAUUUUUCUAUUGUAUUUUUCGAGUACGACAAAAGUUUAUUGGUGAAGGAUGUAACGAAAUGACAGGAGCUUGUCGAUCUAAAAAAUGAUCUGUGAAGAAGGAGAUGAAAGGUUUAAUCCGAAUCAAGCCCUGUAUCAAUAAUCUGAUGAUAUAUUUAGAAAUUACAUUAGUAUAUUAGCAUAUUAAUACACUUAACAUUUAUGAGGGGCGAUUUAGGGGUUCAGUAUCUUGCCAAGGACACUUCGGCAUGCAGAUGUGGAAGAGUGGGGCUUGAACCGGCAACCUUCUUGUUGGGGAACGACCACUCUACCCCCUAGGCCACACCGCCACCGAUUAGAAAUCUAAUCAAUCACUAAAUAUAUAUAUAUAUAAAUGUAUAUAUUCAUAGCCUUUAUAAUCUGAAAGGUUUUUCGAUCUGUUUUUUUUUUUGCACAACAAAAGUCCAUUACAGUGUAAUAUCAGGGAACCGGCCAGAGAACCUGCAGUUUUCAAUCUUCUCUGUGCUGAUCUGGAAGCUCCUGCCAGGUUCUCUUGACCAUCUCAUUCAUUAGAGCUGGGAAGACCUCAGAAGCCCCAGAUCAGCAAUCCACCCCUUAGACCAUUUGAAUCAGGCUUCACAUCCAGAUGCUCGUGGACGCCUUAAAGGGGAAUUCCACUCUGAAUGAGGGUGUUGUUCACACACAGGGAAUUCAUUCCAACAUACAGGAUUGUUAAAGAAGUUUGAAGAUGUAAUCAAAACUUGUUUGUCACAACCAUUCUUUCUGUUUUCCUGUGUGAAGAUAACCGCAGAUGUUACAUCUUGUUUCCUUGUGAGUCGUCCAUUGUCGGUGUCUCUCUAUAUUAAUCAUAUUUAUUGGAGCCAGGUUACAAUCGAAUGCUCCUGCAACAUGACUCAUCGUCAGUUCAUUCACAUGCUGUUAAAUAAAAAACUUUCAAGGGA